AUGAGUACGCUUUCUUUAAUGACCCCUAAAUGUGGAGAUACUCUCAAAUAUUCGAACACUUAUAAAUUGGAAUCCGACAAUCCCUUCAAUCCAGAGAAAGUUGACAACAUUUUGAAGAUGGUAUUAAUGGAGGCAAUGGAAAAUCUCAUAUACGAUUCUGAUAAAUGUUCGAAACAAGCCAAAUGGGCCGCAUCUACGAUUAUAUCCAAAGUCUUAGAAUUUCAUUUUGAGAGGUACAAAAUAAUAAGCCUUGUAACUAUUGGCGAGAAAAACUCUCAAGAUGUCACAAGUAUAUGUAGUUUUUUGUGGGACGCAGAAAAAGAUCGAUUUGCAACUUUCAGUAUGGAAAACACACAUGUUUUUGGUAUAGCUUGUUGUUUCGGUUUGUAUUACGAGUGA